AUGGAUUCGAAAGGAGGGAACCCUUUCUUGAUGGACGACUACGACGGGAUCGAGUCGAACGACAACAUGGCGGGCCAGGCGUCCAAUCCGUUCCUCCAAGAUUUCGGCGACGCUUCGGGGACAUCUGGCGGCGGGGAGAAUCCGUUCCUGAAUUUCGGCGGAGACCAAUCGUAUCACCAAUCGUCGGCAAUCACCGUCGACUCGACGAAUCCGUUCGCCUCGUUCGCCACGGACAGCAGCGCGCCCAGCACCGGCUUCGAGGCGGCGACCACCGACGCCACCACGGCCAACAUUUUCUCGACCGAGGCGAAAAACAUAUUCGUGACGAGCGGCGACGAGCCGAAUCUGUUCGACGCGCCGCUCUCCUCCCAUUCGUCGGAGGAGUUCUUCGGCCAGACGGCGCCACCACCGUCCCCGGCUACCGUGCAGCAACCGGCCCAGCAGCCGAAGAACGCGAGAGCGGCGCCAUCUAGGCCCCCUCCCCCCAGGCCGCAACCUCCUGCACCUCCCAAAAACACCAAAGACUUGAUCCUGUCCGUGACCGGCGCGAUGGACGCCACUUCGAAUCAUCUUCUGGAUCGACUACAAGCAACCAGAACGCCCAGCCCAACUUUGAUGCACUCUCCGUCUCCGACACCGGAACACAGUUUCGCAGAUUUCUUGGACGUCGACUCGAACGUUCCCGACUUGAUGUCCGACGACAACAGCAAGGCGGUCGAGCCACCGAAGAAUCGGGACAUAUUGGAUCUGUUCGACGCGCCCAACACGGACACCACGACUACCACCAUAUUCUCCUCUUCUACGAUCACGGAGGACACGACCAGUUCGGGAACCGGCGUGACGCUGAUCAGCGCCACGACCCAGGACAACCCGUUCGUCGGUAUCACGGAGCAGCAGGCGUCCCCUGUUCAGCAGGCGGACGAGUUUCAAGAGACAGCGUCCGUGGCAAGCGAGAAGAGACUCUCGGUCUCGUCGACGACGGGCGCCGUGGGAAGCGACACGGAGAGGGCCGGUGUCGACGCGGACCUCGCCGCGGACGCGUUGCAGUCGUCGAGCGAAUUGUUCUCGACCACCGAACAAUCGUCCACGUCCGUGACCGAGUCCACGUUCUUCUCCGUCGCGGACACGACUCCUCCCGUGGUCGCGCCAUUUUCCACGCCCAUGCGAACGUCCGCCGCGCAGUCUCUGUUCACGACCUCGGAGAUCAGCUCCGCUCAGCCCAGCGGGCCUUUCGCUUCCGACUUGCUCGGCGACUUUGGUGAGCCUACCGAUACCGCGAGGUCGACCAGCCCGACCCCCGGCGCCGAAUUCCCUAGCAGCGAGGCGUACAAGCCCGAGGAACAGUUGGACAAUCUGGCAGCUGGCAAAACGGCAGAGAGCGGCGGGGAUGCUUUCGAUAUUUUUGCCUCCAAGUUUGACAAGGCUGCGGAACAGGAAACCAACGCGGGCGAUCCUUUCCUGGACGCUUUCGGCGGUGGGCCCACCGCCAUGGACACGUCCAGCGAUGUUUGGGGCGACUCCUCGGCAACGGGGUCGGAGACGGCAGUGACAGGAUUCGGGGAGAGCGACGGGUUCGAUUCGUUCUUGAGCAUGACCGCACCUCCACCAGAACCGAGCGUAAAGAGAACCGAGUCUGUAGAUUCGGACGCGGGGCCGGAUUUCAGCGUGUUCAUCAAACCGAAAGAAGGUGAUCAAUCUGGAACCGAAGGUGGAGCUGCUGUCCCUGUACUGGCACCACCGCCGAAGAGCCCUCAAAAUACCGCCUACGUCGAUACCUCGCCACGUUUCAACCCCUUCGACAAAUCUGGAUCCGCGCAAGACGCCAUUCCUGUCACGGAAACUGUUCAACCUGAAAUCACUAGGACGGAUUCUCAGGAAACUCCUCCGACACCUCUGUUCGACGAAGACGUUAGCCAACCUCUGGAAGACUUCCCGAGGGUAACGUACACUGGUGACGGUUGGGAAAUGCAUCUACGCCAGCCUAACAAGAAAAAGAUAACCGGUCAACGAUUCUGGAAGAAAAUUUUCGUCAAGUUGGUCUAUCAAGGCGACAAUCCUGUGCUUCAAUUGUUCAACAGCAGGGAGGAUAAGGAUCCCUUCCAAGAAUUGCCCCUGGUCCCUUCUUACUCGGUCUCUGAUAUCGGAGCGCAACAGUUUGAUCAGUAUGGAAAAAUAUUUACGGUGAAGUUGCAAUACAUUUUCUACAAGGAACGACCCGGAGUACGGCCUGGUCAGGUAACCAAAGCGGAAAGAUUAACGAAUAAGCUCAGUCAAUUUGCCGCGUACGCCAUUCAGGGUGAUUAUCAGGGGGUUAAGGAAUUUGGAAGCGACUUGAAGAAACUUGGUCUUCCUGUGGAACACGCGCCACAGAUUUCCGAGCUGUUCAAACUUGGUUCCCAAUGCUACGAGGACAUGAAACAGUUCUCCUGCGCGAUCGAAGAAGCUCUGUUCAGAUUACCCGCUCAUCGAGAUCGAGCGCUUAAUUAUAAGACGGAGGAUGUGCAGAUAACAGUCGUAGAUGAACUAUACGUGGAACAGAACGCGCAAGGUCAGGUUGAGAAACAGAUAGCUCGUGUUCGAUUGUUCUUCUUGGGCUUUCUUUCCGGAAUGCCCGAUGUAGAGUUGGGAAUAAACGACAUGUGGCGUCAGGGAAAAGAGGUAGUAGGUAGACACGAUAUAAUUCCAGUGGUGACCGAGGAAUGGAUCCGGCUUGAAAACGUCGAAUUCCACUCUUGCGUUCAGCAGGACGAGUAUGAAAAAUCUAGAAUCAUAAAGUUCAAGCCACCAGAUGCAUGUUAUAUCGAACUUAUGAGAUUUCGAGUAAGGCCUCCUAAAAACAGAGAGCUUCCUCUUCAACUUAAAGCUGUAAUGUGCAUUACCGGUAAUAAGGUAGAAUUGAGAGCCGAUAUUCUCGUGCCGGGUUUCGCGUCGAGAAAACUGGGCCAAGUACCUUGCGAAGACGUGAUGGUCCGUUUCCCGAUCCCAGAGUGUUGGAUAUAUUUGUUCAGGGUGGAAAAACACUUCAGAUACGGAUCUGUAAAAUCAGCCCAUAGAAGAACGGGAAAGAUCAAGGGUAUCGAAAGAUUUCUGGGCGCGGUCGAUAACCUAGAACCUCAGCUGAUGGAGGUAACGUCGGGACAAGCGAAGUAUGAGCAUCAACAUCGUGCCAUUGUGUGGAGAAUGCCCAGAUUACCGAAAGAAGGCCAAGGAGCGUACACGACUCACCAGUUGAUAUGUAGAAUGGCCCUAACCUCUUACGAUCAGAUCCCUGAGAAUUUGGCCGAAUACUGUUACGUAGAAUUUACUAUGCCUGCAACCCAAGUAUCUCACACGACGGCAAGGAGCGUUAGCUUUCAGAAUCACGACAGUGAUAAUCCACCGGAGAAGUAUGUUAAGAAUUUGUCGCGACACGAGUACAGGUAUGGAUCUUGCGAUGAUACCUUAAGCACGCGUCAUCUGCAAAGAGACAAGGGAUUUUUACAAUUUUUUAUUUGUCGAUCAGAGUUGGAAUCGAGCACACGCAAGGCGAAGGGCCAGGAGCAUACGUAUCAGCGACUUACACGAGAAAAAUUCCUGAAACAACGCCUGAAACGCAAGGCGAAGCGUCGGACGCUGGCGCGGAAUCUGACUCGGAUUCUUCCGAUUAAUUUCAAGUCGGUGGUAACCACGUAAGGUAACCUGUAACACGUACGAAAUUUAAGAAGAAUUACUUGUUAAUGAUAAUAAGAUGUAUACAGAAAGCAGAACGAUGCCUGUGACUGGGCGCGUGGCGUUUUACGAGUCGCAGCGUAAAUCGAAUGGAUAAUUUCUACGCGAUCAAGCGCAACACGUUAUAGGGUUAAUCGCGUGUAACCCUAUAAGAUAGGAAACGAAGAUAUAUAAGUAUUGAUAGUUCCGAACGCACAUCAGUAUUAAACAGUCAACAGUUAAAUCGUUCGUGUUGGUGUUCACUUCAAGUUUUUUUGGAUGGCUACGACCCGCGAAACGCCUGGCGUCACUGCGUGUUCAUGUAACGCAUAGCAGUUAAAUGAAAUGUACGUAUGAAAUGAAGUAAUUUGUAAGGGAGGACAAUACCGAUUUUACGUUCAGUUUAGCUUGCUAAGUAGUAAUACACACUCGCGGUGAAGAGCUUUGCCUUGCUCAAGUUGCGCGUUUCAAAGACGAAUCAACGAUUUUUAAAAUUCAGUAAUCACUCACUUGUUACGCAUUAUAUUGCAUUACAUUGUUUAAUUCUAUUCUAUUUUUGUCAAAUAAGAAUUGCUUGUGUAUAAAUAUUUGUUCAUUUUAUAUUAAUUAUAUUAUUUUCUGUCGAAUUAAAUCAUCAAGUGUAUUUAAAAUGUUUAAUUCGUUUAAGGACUGUCGUAUCAACACGAUGAUCAGAGGACAAUAGUUGUUAAUUAAGAAAGUCGUUAUAAUUCGGAGAAACGUGCAGCGCAUAUCUUAUCGUUUAAGCUUGCAGAUGAUCUAUAUCAAAUGUUAUCUAGUCGUUUCCAAAAAAUGUAGUUUAUCCAGAAUAAUCGUCGGUUAUUAGAAAUGUAAGUAAAUAAUAAUAAUGAAAUAGGUAUCGAGAAUUUUGCCAGGCAAAGAGCGAACAUAUAAUUUGUAUAAAUUAUUAAUGCGAGCAUGGGAGACUGCAAUUAAUCUAGUUUUUAAUAUUUUGUUCUUGUGCGAGAUUAAAGGUGCAAGAAUAUGUUCAAACGCUUUGCGAUAUAUUAUAACGUGUCAUAGAUAUAAGUUUUCGUUUCAUUUUCUUUUAUUUAAAAAAAAAAAAAAAAUAUGACCGUUGACAUUAACGGUGGCUAAUCGAAAUAUGUAUCCCGCGUAAGGUUAGGUGAAAAGAAUCUAUUUAUCUAUAGAUAAGAAAUGGUGCGAGAUCUUAUUAAUAAUAACUUUACUUACUUAAGGAAAAUAAAAAUCUAGUCACGUAAGUUUCCGUUGAGAUUUUUUCAAUUUUUCGUUAGAAAUUUUUCAUCCUGCAAAGGAGAUCAGAAGAGUCUAUUCUAGUCCUUAGCUUGUAAGAAACUCGUAUGACAUGUCAGGUGUUGAUUCACUAGUCAUACGUUAUGCUAAGUCUAUUUAGGUUAGCAAUUAACCGAUAAUGCUAAUCGAUUUAAUGACGUAUAGAAAUGUCAAUCGACAUGCCAAGUAAGAUAUAAACAGUUAGAGCUAUUAAUUAAUACCGUCAGUUAUAGAUUGUCACUCUGAUCCGUGUCAAUGCGAAUAUAAAUAUCUUCGUUAAAUUAUUUUCCUGUAUCCAAUGAAGCACAUCGGACAAUACUGCUUAACUGUGCCAGCCAAUACAUCCCAUAAGAUGAAAACAUUACAUGUAAUGUAUUAAUUCACAAGACUGCAUUGCGUUCUUUGAAACAGUGCAAAGCUUUUCCACUUGCGGCGUGACGGUCUGUUUGCGUUGGUACAUUAAAUGGAUCCUGAGAGGAUUUUUUUCGCGAAAAAUUCGACUCGGGACAUGACGUUUCCAGCUCGUGAUCUCAACUGUGUGUAAUAUUGCACAUUUGUGCAAUAUCCAAGAUGGCGUUUGUGUAUCUAAAGGGAAAGAUUUAUUUAAACACGAUGCAUGUAUAGAUAUCUUAGAAAAGAUAUUUAAAUUAGAGGUUAUGUGUGUGAUAUUGGCAAGUCUAUCGAUGUUUGACAAGUAUGACUGAAAACGAACGAAUGGAUGAGAGCAAGAGAAAGCAUUGAAUUUUUCAUCCCUGCAAAGAGGUCUUAACUUAAAUUUUGGACAUAAUAAUAACUAAAUCAUUUUAUUUUCUUUAUAUUUAUUAAUUUAUUUGUUAAAAAAAAAAUAUUCAAUUUUAUAUUCUAUUUUAUUAUAUUAAAUCGAAAGCUUUUUGUAAAAAAUAAUUCAUCAAUCGUAAUUAUGAUUAAUAUAUAUAUUCGAAGAAUAUCUGAGUUCACGUCAAAGCAAUAAUUAUUAAAGAAUUUUAAAAACGCUGUGAAUCCUGUUGUUGAUCCAGAACAUAUUAAUGCGUCGAUAAAGUAGACCUCUAUUGAAUCUAUACGACCUCCAUUUGUUGCUGCUACGAAAAAUAUCACGUCAAAUUUAUUCGUUUACGUACAUAUAAUUAUUAAACUAUGUAGGUAUUAGAUAUAAUCAUGUUAACUUGAACCUGUAAUGAUUAAUUGUAAAGAAAAAAAAUUAGUAGUGUCGUUGUUGUUCUUACAAUUAAUAUUAAAACGAACAAACAUAAAAGAAAAUGUUCUGUACAGGUAAAGAGUCUGUAAAGAUACAGUUAAUUGAAUCGUAUUAAGAUCAAUACUAAAUAUCAUUUAGAAAAAACGUCCGUUGUGGUAAGAAACGAUCAAUGAAGGAACAAAAACCCCUUAAAAUGUAUUUUUGCCUCUUCGCAGCAUUUUCAGCUAUCAUAACAGGUUGAUCGAUAAUUUUGUCUAUGGAAAUUUUUAUUAAAUGUUAAAAGGUAAAUUUUUUACAAGACGUGUUAAGAAUUAACGAACUAAUUUUUCGAUAUAUUUUAGUUAAAGUAAUAAUUGUUAUUUGACAACAAAAUUUAAGUACUUUAACCUCUUUAUCAAGUGCAAUAACCUAAUAAAUGUCAACGAAAAUCAGUAAUGAAAACGAUGUUGAUGAUUUAAAAAAAAUAACGCAUUUUAAAUAUGUUAGAAAAAAUAUGUUUUAGUUCUUCAUUGAUAUUUAUAAAUAUGCAAUUUAAUUAAUAUUUUAGAUUUUCUUAAUGCUUAGUGUAAACAUGUGCACGAAAUUUGAUCUCGAAAAGCACGUAAGACGAGUAGAAAAAUAUAUUUCGUUUCGAUUAUUACAAAUAAUUUCUAACGGCAUCGACUAUAGAAAGAAAAAGAUUAAGAGUGUCAAAACAUUCCCAAAGAUAUCGAAAUAGAGUACCUCUAAUCUACGAUCUGUAAUUUAUAAAUAUAUAAAUAUACAUAUAUAAAUAUAUAAUACAGAAACACAUGUAUGUAAUGUCGUAAUGUGUAAUUAUACGUGUAUGUAUGAUCUGUAAUUGUGAUUGAAUAGUAAUUAAUUAUGAUGUAUGACAAACAACUUCAACAGAUAAAAAAAGACGAUCAAAGAAAGUAAACUGCUCUUUGAUACAUGUAUUAUAAUUUCGCAAACAAGGAACGAGAAAAUGACAAUUUUCGAAGAAAUAGAGGCAAGUGUAAUACUGUUAGCUAAUGGUAUUAUUGAUAAAUUCUAUGUAUCAAUAAAUAAUAUAACAUUGUUUAAAGGAUGAAA